UCUUUCUCAUAGCAAAUUUCUCACUCUCCUAGCAUUUUUCUCUCAUACAAAAUCUCUCUCUCUCUCUCUCUCAUAUCAACUUCUUUCACUUACCCUGACUGGUCCCUUAAUGGCCUUGCGCUCUACCAUCCACUGUGAAGAGAAGGUGGUGGCCCUUAACAAGAUUGGGACAAAAAAUAAUGGCCAUGGCCAUGAAGAUUUCAGGGAAUCAUCUGUUUCGUUCGAGACACCGAAAGAGGGGGCGUACGGCAUCGAGGGUGCGGACGGGAUGGACGGUGCGGACAAGAAGUGUGUGUGGCUAAGAUCACAAUUGAUUGGAAGUAGCACAGAGAUAGACACACCGUUCGGCAAGCGGAUCCUUACGUAUGCUGAUCAUACCGCCUCAGGGAGGGCUCUCGAACAUGUCGAGAAUUAUUUCCAUCACAAUGUUCUUCCAUUCUAUGGAAACACGCACACCAACGACAGCUUCGUAGGGCAGCGCAUGGGGAAAAUGGUAAAAGAGGCAACAAAAUACAUAAAGACAUGUCUGGGCAGUAGCAGUGGCACAGAGGAGAUCCUUCUCUUAUGCGGCAAUGGCACCACUGGAGCCAUCAAAAGGCUCCACGAAGUAAUGGGCGUUGCCAUACCCUCUAGUCUCCGAUCUCGAUACCUCGAAACCCUAAUUCUAAAGCCCGAAGAACGAUGGGUGGUGUUCGUAGGGCCGUACGAACACCACUCCAACCUUCUUUCAUGGAGACAAAGCUUGGCUGAGGUGGUGGAAAUUGGGGUGGAUGAUGAAGGCCUCAUUGAUAUGAACAUGCUGCGUAAAAAGCUUGAGGCGGCAACACGACGAGGCAACAGGCCGAUGCUCGGCUCAUUCUCAGCUUGCAGUAAUGUCACCGGGAUUUGUACAGACACUCGUGCUAUUGCUCGGCUCCUUCAUGAGUACGGGGCAUUCGCCUGCUUCGACUUUGCUGCUAGUGGUCCAUAUGUCAAAAUAGAUAUGCGAUGCGGAGAGUUGGACGGCUACGAUGCGAUAUUCAUGAGCCCUCACAAGUUUGUUGGUGGACCAGGGACCCCUGGAAUUCUUCUCAUGUCCAAGGCCCUCUAUCUGCUAUCUUCACACCCUCCUUCCACUUGUGGUGGAGGCACUGUCUCCUAUGUCAAUGGCUUCAAUGAAGAGGACACUCUAUAUAGUGAGGACAUCGAGGAGAGAGAGGGAGCAGGCACCCCAGGCAUCAUUCAAACCAUAAGAACUGCCCUUGCUUUUUGGAUCAAAGAGUACAUGGGACACUCCCUCAUUGAAUCUAGAGAGCAAGUUCUAUUGCAAAGAGCUCUAGCUAGGAUCUUGCCUAAUGCCAACAUAAGCAUUUUAGGGAACACCCAUGUUAAGCGCCUACCCAUCAUCUCCUUCCUUAUCUACACUACGAGCCUCGAUGGACACUGUGAAAGAGACUUGAGCUCAAAGAAAGACAACAUUUGCAUAUCGAAAGAGAGAUCCAUUAGGAAAGAGAAGCCUCUCCAUUGUAGAUUUGUUGCCAAGCUUUUGAAUGAUCUCUUUGGUAUUCAAGCAAGAGGAGGUUGUGCUUGUGCUGGCCCUUAUGGUCACAUUCUAUUGAACAUUUGCAAAGAGGAGUCUCUCUCCAUAAGAUCAGGCAUUCAAAAGGGUUACAAUGGACUAAGGCCUGGGUGGACUAGGAUCAACUUUGCCUACUACAUAUCUGAUGAAGAAUUUGAGUUCAUCCUUGCAGCCAUGGAGUUUAUAGCGCUCCAUGGCAAACGCUUCUUGCCUCUUUAUCGUUUUAACUGGAUGACUGGAGAUUGGACACUUCGACAGGGUACAUCGAAGGUUGGUGGUAUGGUUGAGAAGAUGUUUCUCUCUUUUGAUAGACUGAGGCUUCUAGUUGCAGGUGGCCAAAUUAGCAGUGAUGAGAAGGAGAGUGUUUUGUUGAGAAACGUGAGUGAGAAUAACAGAGGUUUAGAGCAAAUGUAUGCAGCGUACCUCGACAACGCAAGAUUGUUCGCAAGUUUCCUGCCCGAAUUCCCGACUGAGAGGCGGAUACCGCAGGACAUAGACCCUGACCUUGUACAUUUCAGGGUCUAGCAACAUCUCUCUUUGUCUCUCUCAUAUAAUAAUCAUGUUGAUAUGAUAGAGCCAUUGAUUUAUUAAUAUGUAGAAGAGGAGGCAGGAAAUCCUUGUCUUGCUAGAGAAAGAUGUAUAGGGAGCAGUUCUUGUAUAUUAUUGCGUGCUCUUUGUACUUUUGAAUGUUUUGUACUCAUUGUCUAUUGCUAUUAUAUAGUGAAAUAAUAGAAAGGUCUUCCUAGUUUAAAAUUUAAA